AGAAUUGAAAAACUGUUCUCUCUCUCUCUCUGUGGCUUUUGCCCAAGUUAAAAGCUUUGGUUGUUGUUUGUUUGUUUUUUUCAUGUGAAGAAGUGGGUCGGUUUUAUUUUAUUGUUCUGUAUUGAUUUUCGAAGGAAGUUUAAGCUUUUUAUUUUUUGGUAAGUGAAGUUUAAGCUUUUAGUUUGAAAGUUUGAAGCUUUUGAGAGUGAAGAUGGAGAGAGAUUUCAUGGGUUUGAACUCAAAAGAACCAUCAACCAUGGUGAAGGAAGAGGUUAACAAUGAUGGGUUCAGAGAAAUAGGAUUUGCUAAAGGGUCAGGGAUACAGUGGUCCUUUUCUAACAAGCCCUCUGUACUUCCUAACUUCAUGCCUUUUAAGGUUGUUCAAGAUGAUAAGGCCAAAAAGAUGGCUUCUGAUCCUUUGAUGUCAUCUGGGUUCAUGCCUAUCUCAGCUGCGGAGGCGUGUGAUCCAAGUCAAAAACGUUCAACAGCUGAAUUUCAGAAAUCAUUUGAUCAUGAUAGGCAAGGUGGGACUCAUAUUUCCCUGACAGCUUAUUCUGUGCAAAAUGAUGUGCCUUCUCUGCAUCGUCCUCACGAUGUGAAGACUUUUCCAAUCUCAAACCAGGGAAUUUCAGUUUCUGUGAACAAUCCUUUCUUCAAGAAUCAUUUUAGUACCAAUGGUCAAAAUAUGGUUGGUGCCAACACAAGUCCACAAUUACUUGGAGGGAUUCCUACUGCAACCUCACAUUCGAUUCUUCCCACUGUCGGCUCUGUUGGGAUCACUGAACCAUGGAAUGGCGUUAAUACCAAUGGGACUUCUGCUCAAAUGACAAUAUUUUAUGCGGGUUCAGUGAGCGUCUAUGAUGAUAUCACCCCUGAGAAGGCUCAGGCUAUUAUGUUAUUGGCUGGAAAUGGAAAUUCCGUGGCCCCUACUGUAGCACAGCCAAAAGUUCAAGUUCAGGCACCCAGCAUAAAGCCAGCGGCAGUUGAUGCUGUUAUUGUGAACCAGACCAUAAACACCUCGCCUGGAUCUGGUCUCUCAAGCCCUCUAUCUGUUUCUUCCCAUAGUGGUGCUCAGUCAGGAAGUGGGUCUAAUAAUACUGGAGAGCCGGUAGCUACUAAAACUACAGGGGUUGCAACUACUCCUAUUUGCAAACUGGAGCUCCCAAAUAUGGUGAAUGCGGCGGGUUCUGUUGCUUCGACAAGUGUGAUGCCUUCUGGGCAUUCAAACUUUUAUGCUGCCAUUCCGCAGGCUCGGAAAGCAUCCUUGGCUCUAUUCUUGGAGAAGCGCAAACAAAGGUCAAUGAAUGCAGCACCAUACCCCUUACAUAAAAAAAUCCCGGAAGGCUCCACCCCAGAGAGUAGAGGCAUGAACUUCUCAAUAACUUCUCUCUCAACAAGCAAGGAAGCUAACCGAGAUGUUAUGGCGCCAAAUUAGAAGGGUAAUUUGCAAGUUGAUGUAGUAAGUUGAAAUGCUUAAGCAAAUGACAUUUGUUUUUCUUAAAAGAAAAGUGUAAUCCUGACUUGGCUUUAUUUCAGUCUUAAGUAAGUUUCUAGUAUAGGGCUUUCCCCUAUUGGCCAUUUUCAUUUGAUGUGGAAAAACUUUGCCUUCCACAGUAUAUGACUUUUGAGUGCACCUUGUAACCAUUAAAUCUUUGUUACAUUGUGGGAAUUAUAUAUAGUUAAAAUUUCUAGUUUA